GAGACUCCGACCACUUAUAAUUUUGUCUGCACUUGUCCGAAUCCACGGGACAGAAACACACUAUGCUCAGACUCUGGACAUUCUCUCAGUAUCCAUCUGGUGCAGUUAAAUGCAGACAACUGCACUGGACAGCCGUCAAUUGUGCAAGAGUAGCUAAGAAUGCAGCUCCUCCAGCCCCUCCAGUAAAAUGGAGUCCAAGUUCACUACGUACUGGUCUCAUUGCUCGGAAACGCGGAAUGACUGCUAUGUGGGAUGACCAUGGAGCGCGUUUUCCGGUUACCGUGCUACAGCUUGAGAACUGUCAAGUUACAGCGAAUAUUGUCCACGUUCGCCCCGAUCGGUCAGAAUACCAUGCCGUGCAGGUUGCUGCUUCAGAUAGGCCCAAACGUACCACCACACGACAGAUGCGAGGGCAUUUCGCAAAGGCCCGUGUUCCUCCGAAAUACAUUGUGAAGGAAUUUCCUGUGACGCCAGAUGCUCAUGUUCCAGUGGGAACGACGUUUUCUGCAGUCCAUUUUGUACCCGGGCAAUUUGUAGAUGUAAUUGCGAACUCGAUAGGGAAGGGCUUUCAAGGUGUCAUGAAGCGGUGGAACUUCAAAGGUCUUCGAGCCAGUCAUGGUGUAUCAGUCUCACAUAGAUCCGCUGGUGCUACUGGUGCCCACCAGGACCCUGGUCGUGUAUGGCCUGGCAAAAAAAUGGCUGGUCGUUUAGGUGGUGAACGAACCACUGCUCAGAACCUCACCGUUGUACGGGUCGACUCAGCGUUAGACCUGAUCUUCGUCCGCGGAGCUGUCCCUGGUGUCGACGAUGCACAAGUGUUGGUGCGUGAUGCGAAGAAGAGGCUGGUGAGCGCAGCCAAGGUGAACUACCAAAAAGGAUUGGAUGAGCAGCUACUACCCAAGGGGGUGGAUGAUUUACCUUUCCCAGCAGGUACAAAGGAGAUGGCAAAAGGUCUUCCACCUGUCAUUGAAGCCCCAUCUAAACGGAGGAGCCCCUUCAUUCCCAGAGAAUAGGUACAUUAAUAUAUUUCUGACAUCGGUGUUCUGUAGUAGCAUCAUCCCUAGUUGAGAGAUCCUGUUUUGUUUUCUUUUACCAGCAAAUGAACCCCAUUGACAGUA